AUGGCCACCGCAGAGCAAAAGAAGUUCGUCUCGCAGAUUGACGCCAACAAGGCGGCGUUGAUCGACCGCCUUGCCAAGGCCGUGUCGAUCCCGUCGGUAUCGGGCGACGCUGCGUACCGCAAGCACUGCUUCGAGAUGGCCGACUGGCUGCUCGCCGAGCUCAAGCAGCUGGGUGCCACGGCCGAGCUCAAGCCUCUGGGCAAGCAGGUGCUGGACGGACAGGAGAUCGAGCUGCCGCCCGUCAUCCUCGGCGACCUGGGCAAGGACCCCAAGAAGAAGACCAUCCUGGUGUACGGCCACUUUGACGUGCAGCCUGCGCUCAAGUCGGACGGCUGGGACACGGAGCCUUUCGAGCUCAUCACCGACGAGAAGACGGGCCGCAUGUACGGCCGUGGAUCGACCGACGACAAGGGUCCCAUCCUCGGCUGGCUCAACGCCAUCGAGGCGCACCAGCAGGCUGGCAUCGAGAUGCCGGUCAACCUCAAGUUCUGCUUCGAGGGCAUGGAGGAGAGCGGCAGUGUGGGCCUGGACGAGCUUAUCGCUGCCGAGAAGGACACCUUCUUCCAGGGCGUCGACGCUGUCUGCAUCUCGGACAACUACUGGCUGGGCACGCAGAAGCCCUGCCUGACGCACGGCCUUCGUGGCAUUGCGUACUUCAAGCUGGCCAUCUCGGGUCCCGCUCGCGACCUGCAUUCGGGCGUGUUCGGCGGUGUGGUGCACGAGCCGAUGACCGACCUGUUCACCAUCAUGUCGAAGCUGGUCACCGCCAAGGGCGAGAUCCUGAUCCCGGGCAUCAAGGAGCUCGUGGCUCCUCUCACGGACGAGGAGCGCAAGCGCUACGACGUCAUGGACUUCCAGCUCAGCGACAUUGAGGGCGCCACGGGUAGCAAGACGACUGUGAGCGACGACAAGGCGGCGGUGCUGAUGGGUCGCAUGCGCUACCCGUGCCUGUCGCUCCACGGCAUCGAGGGAGCCUUCUCGGAGCCGGGUACCAAGACGGUGAUCCCUGCCAAGGUGGUGGGCAAGUUCUCGCUUCGCCUGGUGCCGGACAUGACGCCAGAGAAGGUGAACGAGCUGGUGACCAAGUACGUCAACGACGAGUUUGCCAAGAUCGGCAGCAAGAACACGAUGAACAUCACGAGCGAGCACGGUGGCAAGCCGUGGCUGGCCGACCCCAACCACUGGAACUACGAGGCGGCGAUCAAGGCGACCGAGACGAUCUACGGCGUGAAGCCGGAUCUGACGCGCGAGGGCGGCUCGAUCCCCGUUACGCUCACGUUUGCCGACACGCUGCAGAAGAACGUGCUGCUGCUGCCGAUGGGCCGCAGCGACGACGGCGCGCACUCGAUCAACGAGAAGCUCGACAUCUCCAACUACAUUGAGGGCACCAAGCUCCUCGGCCUCUACCUGCACGAGGUGGCCGCCAUCAACUAA